UAUCACAAGAAUAUAAGCAAUACUGUGCAAUAUAUAAGUACAGCUAGAACACUUAUUCCAACAGAUAAAGGGGGACUUAGGGAAUCAAGAUUUUGACAAAUAAGAGGCCAUAAGAAUGCUAAAAAAGAAGGUUUGGCUCAUAUAGACAAGAUAAAUCACUAAGAUUGGGCACAUUUCAUUGCAUGGUGCAAUAACGAAGAAAUACUGAUCUAGAAUGGCAGCCAAGAGUAAUUCAAGAAAUGCCUUGGAUGAUAAAUUUCUAAAUAGUAUUGCUGGUGGAAUAGGCAUGAUGUACAACGACCUAGGAACCGAAUUAGAUGUCACGCAUCGCGAAAUUGAAAACAUAAGAAUGGGUCAUCCUUAUCCUAAACAAUGGGCAUUCCAAAUAUUAGUAUUAUGGAGAGAGAGACAGUCAAAAAAUGCUAACAUGAUUGUAAUCCUGGCAAGGGCCCUUAAAAAUAUACAACUCGUUCAGCUUGCAGAAGAUGUAGAAUCACAUGGGCAGCAAUUAGGAAACAUCGAAAACCAAUGUGGAAUUGUUCAGGGAGGAAAACGCAGUUUUCCUGAACAGGUUGAUCAGCUGGGAAUAACUACGGAUCUGUCGCCAGAACGGAAAAGAUAUUUAUCGUUUAUAAUUGUUAUAAAUGAAACAAUGAUGACCACACUAGUGCCGUAUACCAAAACAAGAAUGCAAGAGAAAUUUGACUCACUAAAGGGUAACUCUGAAACAAUUGGGACUGUAGAAGAUUUCGCAAACAGGUUCCUUGAUGAAAAAAGUCAACUUAAAGGUGAAUUUACAGUUGCAAUUAAGGAUCCAUUCGUACUCUUGGACUUAAUCCUACGUGUUCCAAACCUGAAUGCAUUGCCCGAUGUUAAGUACUACCAGAGGAUCAGUGAUGCAAAAAACCUAUGGGCAGAGAAAAGCUUGAUGAAAUGGGAUCCAGAAAAUGUAUUUUCAGCCAUGAAGAUAGUGAUCAACCAAAUAGUUUGCGACAAUGAACUGAAAGAAAAUGCUAUGAAGGAGCUGGAAAAGUGGGAAAAGAAUGGUUGGUAAG